AAAUCAUGAAGUUCCUGACCAUCUUUGCAUUCGCCUGUGUGGCUUCCUUCGUGGUGCUCCAUGGGGUCUCUGGCGUACCAGUGCCUGCUCCAGAACCAAAUCCUGUGCCCGAUCCCGCACCCAAGGCAGAGCCAGUAGCCAAUCCCAAGCCUGUUGCUGGUCCAAGUCCAUUGCCGGCUGCAUCUCCCAUGGUAGCCAAUGGUCCUCAGGACGCCACUGCAAGUGAUGGGAACUUUGUGGCCCUCUCGGCCAAUGCGGAGCCCAUGGUUCUGGGCCAGGAAACUGCAUCCUUGAAGAAUGAUGAAAACCUGGCCAUCUAACCAGAAACCAUGGAGGAGCAGCAAAAGCAGCUAAGUCCUAGAGAAGCCUACACACAAGCACACAAGGAAGACCAACACACACGCGCUUAUAUCUUUAUAAAUUAAUUUCUGGCACUAGAUUUAUAAACUUAUAAAUUAAA